AUAUAUAUAUUACUUUUUAAUGCGAAACACUAUUGAGUAUUUGUUUUUGUGGCUCAACCAUCUUAGAGAGUGCAGAGUCGUAGGUAUUUGGGAGAGAAGUCAAGAAUGAACGCACCUGAUCGAUACGAACGUUUUGUCGUCCCUGAAGGAACCAAGAAGGUCUCAUAUGAGAGGGACACUAAGAUCAUCAAUGCCGCCUCCUUCACCAUUGAGAGAGAGGACCACACCGUCGGCAACAUCCUCCGCAUGCAGUUGCACAGGGACGAAAAUGUGCUUUUUGCUGGCUACAAGCUUCCCCACCCUCUUCAGUACAAGAUAAUUGUUAGGAUUCACACAACCAGCCAGUCUUCACCAAUGCAAGCAUAUAACCAGGCUAUCAAUGAUCUCGAUAAGGAACUUGACCAUCUUAGGAGCACUUUUGAGGCGGAGGUUGCCAAAGAACAAAGAGAGUAUUAACAUGUAUAUACGACCCUCCAGUAAGCUGUAUUACAUGACUGCGCAUCCUACCGGAAGUUCUUUAUCGAAUGUAGAUUUUUCAUAUUUUUGAGGCCUUUUGCUUUUAUUAUGGUAUACGCGUGUAUGUAAUGGACUUUGUGACGACCUUUUUAGGGUAUCAAUGUUAUUGUGGAUAAUCAUGAACUUUAAUUGUCUAUGGAUGACGUCGUACUUUGUCCCGGUC